AUGGCUCUUCAAACAUUAUUCCAUACACUCAUACUAUCCCUCUUUCCUCUCCUCUCUGUUUUAGUCCUUGCCCGUGUCGAUUCCCAACUGAAAACAUACAUUGUCCACGUCAAGAGGCCUAAAGUUGAUGAUGAUAUUCCCUUGACAAGCUACCACAAGUCCCUUCUUCCUCAUACAGUACCCAACCAUUCAUUGAUUUACUCGUACAAACAUGUCAUCAGUGGCUUCUCGGCAAGACUAACCUCUCAAGAAGUCAAAGCCAUGAAGGCCAACAAGGCUAUCAUUUCAGCCCAUGUCCAAACUAUAUACCAUCCCUUAACCACGCGCUCCCCUGAAUUCCUUGGGAUGAACCCACGGGCCGGAACCUGGAAGCACACCAAAUUCGGCCGAGGAAUCAUCAUCGACCUUGUGGACACCGGGAUUUUCCCGACCCACCCUUCGUUCAGAGACCACGACAUGCCCUGUCCACCCGCCACAUGGCAAGGGACGUGCGAACCACCCAACCCGAUAGACUACACCGGCCACGGGACUCACACGGCCAGCACCGCCGCCGAUGGGUUCGUACCUGACGCAAAUGUUUUCGGGCAAGCCCAUGGAAGCCACCAUCGACGACAGAGUCGACAUCCUGUCAUUAUCCCUCGAUCAUCCAAGCCGUUGUACAAAAACAUCUUCGAGUUAGGCGCUUACGACGCGGCUAAAAAGGGGAUACUCGUGAGCUCCUCUGCCGGGAACGACGGUCCUUCCGAGUGUACGGUGGUCAACGAAGCGCCGUGGAUGCUCACCAUCGGGUCGAGCACAAUCGACAGAAGGAUCCAGGCCUUGGCGAUAUUGGGAAACGGGUGGGUGUUCGACGGCGAAUCUGUAUUUCAGCCCAAGAAUUUCUCCGAAGAUCUCCUACGCCUCGUCUACUGCACGGGCCCCGAUGGAAGACAAUAUUGUCACAACAGGUCGCUGGCGGGAAUCAAGGUUCGGGGGAAGGUGGUGUUGUGCGACGGGUCUCUACGAAUCUUUCAGGUGGAUCAAAGGAAAUAA